AUGCCGGUGUAUCAUAUUGUCCUCUUCCACCUCAAGCCAGGCGUCACGCAAGAACAGCUCUCACAAUGGAGAAGUCUGACGAAGAGUAUGGUUGACAAGAUUCCUGGCCUCCUCUCUGUGGAAGCUAAUGGGCCGCUGCCGAUCUCGGUUCCUCGAGCGAAAGGCUUCGAUAUGGGCAUUGUAGCGGUAUUGGAGAAGCCAGAACAUAUUGCCAGUUAUGCAAUUCACCCAGCUCAUUUAGAGGUGCAUAAAUUAAGGGAGGAGCUCUGUGACGACACUCUAGCCUAUGACCUUGAGUUUUAA